CGGUGACGCCGCAAGAUGGCGGCGCUGGGGCUGCUGUGCCGGCUGUGCCGCUGGCUGCCGCGGCCCGGCGGCCCGGGGGAGGCGGGGGGGGCGCGGCGCGGGGUGCGGGCGCUGCGGCGGAGCCCCGUGCGGGUGCUGCCGCCGCAGAAGGAGCGGGCCGAGGCGGCCGAGGUGCAGCGGAGCCCCGGGGCGCGGCCCCCCCCGCCGCCGCCAGCGGUGGAGCGGAGCGCGGCCGGGCCGGGGCUGUGGUACGAGAAGGCGGCGGUCGGUGACAGGAGGCUGGGAAAAGUGGUGACCAUCGCCAAGUCGAAGAAGUUUCGGGACCGCCACGGGAAGGUCCUGCUGGAGGGUCACAGGCUGAUCAGGGACGCCCUGGAGGCAGGAGCUGUGCUGCAGUCUCUCUUCUUCAGCACUGUGGGGCAGCUGAACGAGCUGCCCCAGGCAAAGCUGAAAGGAGCCAACUUAAUUAAAGUGAAAUUUGAAGAUAUUAAGAGCUGGUCUGACCUCGUAACUCCUCAGGGGCUGAUAGGGGUCUUUUCCAAGCCUGACCAUGCCAAGAUGUCUUACCCUGUCGCUCAGCUAACCAGCUCCUUGCCACUGCUCCUCAUCUGUGACAAUAUCCGAGAUCCGGGAAACCUGGGAACCAUUCUGAGAUCUGCAGCAGGAGCGGGCUGUGAGAAAGUGCUGCUCACCAAAGGCUGUGUGGAUCCGUGGGAGCCAAAGGUUCUCCGUGCAGGCAUGGGGGCUCACUUCCGUCUGCCUGUCAUUGCCAACCUGGACUGGGAAUUUGUUCCCAAAAACCUUCCUGCCGGUAUCCGGGUCUGCGUGGCUGACAACAAAGACCCAAGCGCUCAGGCCAAGGCCAUGCCUACGCCGAGAGGAGCUGGCAGGGAUGGCUCUGCUCCCCACAACCCAAAGGCUCCUGUGAAAUCCAAACCCAAGGAUGAGGAGGGAACAGCAGAUGUCUGCAUCCCAGAGGUGGCUGCACAGUAUUACUACGAGAACUGGACGCAGACUCCAGUGGCCGUGGUGAUUGGCGGAGAGACCCACGGUCUGAGUCCAGAUGCAAUUCACCUCGCUGCCAGCACAGGGGGGAAGAGACUGGUCAUUCCCGUGGUGCCAGGCAUGGACAGCUUGAAUUCCGCUAUUGCUGCUGGCAUUGUGCUGUUUGAGGGGAAGAGGCAGUUGCAGCGGAGGCACAAACAGGAAGAUGAGAGGCAGAAGUUCCCUGUAGUGGGCUAAACUGCUGAGGUUUGGGUGCUGAAGAAGCAUCUCGUCCCCUUGGCGUGCUGUAGAGUUAAUAAAACAGCAGCUCGGGCUGUUUGGUUUGCAUUAAA